AUGUUAGGGUUUGAUGGAGUCGAUCUCGAUUGGGAAUAUCCUGGCACGCUGAGAGAGACAUUCGAUGCAAGUGGGAACACAGUUGGUCUGACCUUUACUGCCCCCUCAUCAUACUGGUAUCUGCGCUGGUUUGACUUGCCAAAUAUGGCAAAGUACAUUGACUGGAUUAACGUGAUGUCGUACGAUCUCCAUGGAGUUUGGGAUUCUCAAGAUCCCAUUGGCAGUAUCGUCCAAGGACAUACAAACCUAACCGAGAUCAAAAGUGCCCUAGAUCUCUUUUGGAGAGUCAAGAUUCCUCCCGCUCAGGUGGUGUUAGGUAUUGGGUUCUAUGGCCGUGCAUUCACUCUACAGGACAAGAGCUGCACAAAACCCGGGUGUGCCUUUAGUGGUGCCUCGGAUGCUGGACCAUGUUCAAACACUGGUGGCAUGCUUGCAUACUAUGAGAUUAUGAGUAUUUUGCAGGGAAAUUCGACUAAAAGGGCUAUUAUCUCACCCACGCACGAUAAAGAAGCGGCAGUCAACUACUUUACCUUUGAUGAUAACCAAUGGGUCUCGUAUGAUGACAAGACAACAUUCAAGCAAAAGGUUGAUUGGGCAAAUGAAUUUGGACUGGGGGGUGCAAUGAUCUGGGCGUUCGAUCUGGGCCUUCUUGGGAGAGAUAUUAUUUCAACUCACACACUUCAGGCUGAGAACAAAGCGGUAUCAAACGCGAAAUCCACUGUCAUAGACUUAUCAGCCUUCACCGGUCAAAAAUUUUUCAAGUACACCAAGAAGUGUAUCAAGCUGGAUGAUACCAAGGCCAUGUCGAAUGCCUGUGGUGACGGUUACACCGUCGUUGGUUGGGAUGAUGCUGGAUGUGGCAAGUCAAACUGCCACUGCGAUAAGCCCAUUUGCUGCCCUCACGGUGCUGCUCCCAAGGGCUGCAAAUGGCGUGGUGAUGACCUGCUGUCCUACUCCAGUUGA